AUAGGUGGUGUAGUUCCGUUAUCUACGAGAACAUAAGCCAUCCCAUCAGCCCAGCCCGUUUUCUUUCCCACCCCUUUAUUAUUAUUUGUAUGAACAACCAGCUCUCCCUCCACUCGAGAGCGGCUGUCGUCCUGUCGCAAUCCACCCACCCCCUCUAGGUCUGGCUGGAAAAGCAGCGCUAACUUAUACUACCCACUUCCCCGAUCCGCACCACCCCUACUCCCGUGCUCCUCGACGUCGUAUUUUACCUGGUACCGAGAGGGGACUGUUUGAUCAACCAUUGAAUUAUCCCAAUAUAGUCUUUAGGGCCGCUCAGCCCAAUUAAAACAUAAGGGACCUGUUACCUCGUCAUAACCGGGACUUCUCGAGCUUUUCGCUUCCCAAUCUCUUAUAUUAUAAUCCUACCCUGCAUUCCUUCAUUAGCAUAAUCCUGGGGAAAGGACACACCCAAGACUCAUCGUUCAUUAUCUGUUCUAUAUCAGACUCAGCCGCUUUCACUACUUCAUUGUUGUUGAUAGCUGUCGCUGUUCCUGUAGCCUCUUCGUCCAUGCCCCCCUAGUGCAUAUAGCCGAACCAUACGCCGCCACCAUACAUAUUGUCAACUGGUAUAUCGAAUCAAGUAUAGAACAAAACAGAACAAGAAACAAGGAAAAUGGCGUGGGCACGAGACAGUCUUCCCCCGGCGAUCUACACGUUCCUCGCCCUCAACAGUAUCGCCGUUAUCCUGAGGGUAUUCGUCCGGACCCGCAUGAGCAAAUCCUUUGGCUAUGAUGACUAUGCUAUGGUGGUCGCUUUCGGCGGCUUUGUCACACUUUGCAGUUUAACGUUGGUAUCUCUGAAGAAUGGCUAUGGCGACGCAACACCAAAACCACACUAUAACGUGUCGCAAGCGACGAGAUAUUUCGUCGCUUCAACUAUUACGUAUGUUAUCGCUCUUUACGUCGCCAAGAUAAGCGUGGCGCUCGUUUUGCUGCGAAUCGCCGUCACGAGCAAGGGUGUCCGGGUAGUGUUGAUCUGCUCCAUGGUGGCCCUGACGAUCUGGACGACUGUCACGACUCUCCUCGUAGCGUUCCAAUGUGUGCCUCUGUCGGUGGCUUGGGGCGAGGGAACGGGAACUUGCCUCCCGGCCGCUGUCCUCGCUAACACCGGUUACUCUAUCUCUGCCAUGGAUAUCGCCUCGAGCUUCCUCUACGCUGGUCUCCCGGCUUACCUCUUGAAGGGCGUUCAGCUGAGCAUCAAGGUUAAGGCCUCCAUUAUCGUCCUCCUGGGACUGGGCGUCGCGAGCUCAGUGGUGACGAUCAUUCGCCUGAAAUACCUCGUCGAUGUCGGAAACCUGAAAUCACCCACUGGCAUUGAGGCUGCGAACGCCUACUUGACCACAUUUGUUUACUCCAUCACCGAACUUGGCCUGACCAUCUUCACCGGCUCCCUCGCUGCCCUGCGGCCGCUCUUGAAGCUCGUGCCGUUCGGACAGACGACUGGUAAGGGAUACGGCACGUACGCGGCCUCGACCAAGGGAGCAUCGGGCGUGCGUGAGGAGAUGGGCAACAAUAUGAAACUGCAGGACUUCAAUGAUGCCGAGAGCCAGGACUUCAUCGUACCCAAGGGCCGCGUGCAUAAAACCGUUCAGUAUGAAGUAAAGUACUCCGAUGUAUGAAUGAGAAAUUUUUCUUGUCUUUUUAGCGAAACCAAAAAAACCAAGCACACACAAGGCGUCUUGUCAGACUUUGAUUUAUUUUAUUUUGACAAAAAUUCAUGUCCCUCUCUCUCUCUCUCUACAUGAAACAGAUAGGGAGAGAGGUUCCUUCUGUUUUUGUUUUGUUUUAUAAUUAAUAACCUUAACGGUCUUGAUGUCAUGGGAGGAAAGGGAGUAUUUACUCGUCGUUACAACUUUAUGGGUUUUUUGUGUCUGUAUGUCUUUGGCCUUGUUCUUUUCUCGGUGUACCGGCGCAAAAAAGAGCACACACCAUGUUCUUGUAUUCAUUCAUAUAUGAAUAGGUAUACCACUUACUUGGGAAACACGGAUAGUCUUCCUAGAAAUCAUCAUCAAUGAGGAAGAAAGUUGAAAAGAGACAGACACACACAGCGGGAGAGAGAGAGGAUACUCAUAUGUUUGAGAAGCGAAAGUGGUAUU